CUACUACGAGCGCGACUCGGGUUUUCGAGGAGGAGAGCUAGAAAGAGGGAGAGAGAGAGAGAGUCGCCGAGUUACGGAGGAUCGUGACGUGAAAGACCGCAUCGCGGAGCGAGCGCGAGAGGGGCAAUAUGCCGCCCGACAUGACGACGAUGGCGGCGGUGGUGGUGGCGAUGGUGGUGGUGGCGCUGAGGUCGCGCAGGUCCACAGUCGCUGUCGCGCCAGGCACUCGCUCCAGCCCAGACCUCGAGCCAGUCGCAAUUCCGUCGCCUAACCAGCAUAGCUCGCCUCUCUCUUUAACCUCAUUCGCCUCCCUCUUUUUAAACCCACGUUUAUAUUAUAUAAUUAUCCGUAUUAAAAAGGACAAUUUACUAAGAUAACGCACGCACGCUCCUGAUACGAGGGCGGGGGGCUUUUUAAAAGCCGCUCAAACCUGCACCUAUUUCGCCGGUCUUUCUUCCCUGUACUUCCCCCACCCCGUCCAUUAAUCCGCCAACCCGAUCCGCGCUCCCCCUACCCCCCCUCUCCUCCUGUCACCUAUCGCUCCCCCUCGUCCGUCGUUGCCGCCGCCGCCGCCGCUGCCGUUGCCGCCGCCGCCGCCGUCGUCGUGGUGCUCGUCGUCGUCGUCGUCGUCGUCGUCGUCGUCGUGCUCGCCGUCGUCGUGCUCGCCGUCGUCGUCUUCGUCGUGUCUUCUUCGCCUUUUGCCACCGACGCAAUCGCGCUUUCCGUUCAAACGUCGUACGCGCCCCGUCGUCGACGAAACCAUCGUGUCGCGCAAGCAUAUAUAACGAUUAUAACCACAGUGGUGUGUGCUUCGCAGCAGCCGGUUUCACUCGAUAAAACAUAUUGAAAACGAUAUUAUUAUAAAUAAUACUAUAUCAAAGCUCGUAAAACAAUAUACUUUUAAACGUUAUCGGCCUGACGCUUUUCGAUAAAAAGAGAGAGCCAGAGUUUGCCCGUGUUUUUGUUUUUUUGUUUGUUUUUCAUCGUCCUCCCUCCGUUUACAUUGUUCGAUCGCUACGUCGUUACGGAUUGUGAUCCAAGAAGAAUCGCAUUUUAUUCAACGAGAUUCGUGGGUGGUGGAACUGUUUUUACCAGAAAAAAAAAUAUAUAUAUAUAUAUAUAAAUAAAAAUAAAAUAUAAUAAGAGGUGAAUCAAGUCCAUUGAAAAUCCUGAUUAAUCGUGCUAAUAUUCAAAGUGUUUCUGCGACCAACGACCAUCAACUGACGCAAGGGAGAUACCAUUACAUUUGAUUUUACCUCGAAUUACGACUUAAGGAUCUUUCGAACCAGCCAUCCGCAGGAGACCCUGCGUCUGUUUCGUUGUUAAACCAAAAGCAAUACGAAAAAAGCCGCAACAAAAAUAGUGGAGCAGAGAUAGAGCUGAGGAUUACACGAAAGGGGCACGAGUCAGGAGUGUGAAACGAAUAAAUGACGUAGAAAAACGAAUAACGGAAGGGACGUAACGCCAGUUCGCCUAGUCCCCCUCCCUAUCCCCCCUCUCUCUCUCUCUCUCUUUCUCUCUCUUUCUCUUUAUCUUUUUCUCACAUUCUCACACACCUUAACCCCGAAAAUCCUACCUUGCUACACCCGCGCGAUCCGUUCCCUCGAGCAAUUCCACACAACCAUUCGCGAACUAAGCUCGCCCAUUUCUCGCGCUGCUCUCACAUCCCUAUUUUUUCUGCUCACUCUCCGGCCCCAAGCUCUGCAUCGCAUCUUCCUCGAAAGCCUGCUUUUUGCCAUCCCUCCACGCCAACAUUCGCCUCGAAAGAUUCAUCGAUUCGAGAGCUGUGAUCGAUAAAAAAACCACCUCGAGGAUUCUUCAUCGUGGUUUUUCACAUCGCAGGUGAUGCUCUAAAAGUAAUUCAACAAAAAAAAAAAACAGUAAACGAAGCAAAGCCUUGACUGGGGAUUUUUCAAAGUGCACGAAUGCUAAACGCGCUGCACGACGCCCAACAAAAAACUAACCGGCUCGGGAGGUUCGCGAGCCUUUUAGCGAUCAAAUCUGUGACCGCGUGCUUCCCCCGUUGACAAAAUAUUAUCUUUUCAACAUUUUUCAAACGCGUCACGAGGCCUAAAACACAAAAUUUCAUAAAAGUCGACGCGCAAGAUUAAAAUCGAAGUUCAAAACGGUGCAAUCGGGACAACACGAUCAAGCGCAAUAAUCGAAGAUAUAUUUAUAUAAAAUUGUAAAUUAAAGGGGAAAAAGACUCAAGAAAAAUAGUGUUUUUCGAUCGAGCAUCGGGAUCAUAUAAAAUCGGCGAAUAAAAUAGCAACACCGGUGAAAAUCACUGCGGGAUAAACCUGUAAAUUCAAUACUUUGCAGUUUAUUAUUAGAGAUCCUGUGCCAGCCAUUUUUUCGAUCUACGAAGAAGAUAUAAGAGAGGUAUAUGAAAGUUGUAUACAUUUUUGAAACCGAAAAAACGAGAGAAAUUCGAGCUAUUAAAAAUCAAACGUGAAACCUUGCCUUUGUUCAAUCUCAAACGAUUUAACAGAGACAAAUUUUGUCGAGAGUGAAAGAUUCAUUGAGGAUACGUAUGGUGAAAAUGAUUUUGUAAUAUCGAACGAUUCUCGUCGAUAUCUUGAGAUUUUUUUUUCCAUUUAGAAUCGAUUUGUUUUGAAAAUAAAUGAACGAAAAUCAGUCUUGAUUGAACGCGUCGCGAAUCAUAUAGAAAGGAGAAAAGAAUGAAAAGAAUUGAGAGUUUGUCGCGUUAUAGCGAGUUUUUAACGAUUUAAAAAUGUAUAUAAAGUGAAUGACCUCAGCAACGCUCGCGUUUAUCGCAAACGGAAAGAAAUAAGCGAGUUAUAAUCCGGGAGCGAGAUAACGCGUCGCUCCGUUGUGGAAUUAAAUAAUAAAACGAAACGAAUUCUCGUUGAUAAAUCCACGAUAGUCUUCUUCGUCUUCGUCGGCAUCAUCAGCGUCUUCGUCGUCGUCGUUCGUCUCGUUGGUGCUUGUGAGUUUCUACCCAAGGCGAUAACGCAAGGUGGACGUUAAAAAUCAUACAUAAACGGGGUCGAGAAGACGGCAAUGUUCAACAUGAACAACGUACUUAAUGGCAAGGAUUCGCGCUGGCUUCAGCUGGAGGUUUGCAGGGAGUUUCAACGCAACAAGUGUACAAGGCCCGACACGGAGUGCAAAUUUGCUCAUCCACCGGCCAACGUCGAGGUACAGAAUGGACGGGUCACUGCCUGCUACGACAGCAUCAAGGGACGAUGUAACAGGGAAAAACCACCCUGCAAGUAUUUCCAUCCUCCACAGCAUCUGAAAGAUCAGCUACUAAUAAACGGACGCAAUCACUUAGCCUUGAAAAAUGCUCUGAUACAACAAAUGGGUCUCACACCUGGUCAACCCCUCGUACCUGGUCAGGUGCCCGCAGUGGAGUCCCAACCUCCUCCGCCAUCGCACCAUCACCUUCAACAGCAACUCCAGCAGCAACUUCUCGCUACCCACGCCUUUAUGGCGACCAAUCCUUACUUGACGGGAAUGCCGCAGGUGAGCAACACGUACACCCCGUAUUUCACACAGAGCCCGAUAAUGCCGACGAUAAUGGGCCCAGCUGACCCAACGGGAGUCGGUAGUCCGUUGGGCGUCGUGCCACAGACAGUCGCAAUGCCGCAGAAGAUGCCACGUACCGAUCGUAUUGAGGUAUGUCGCGAGUUUCAACGCGGGGCGUGCAAACGCGGCGAGACGGAGUGCCGGUUUGCGCACCCCCUCGAGACGGUGCAGGCGAACGAGGACGGUUCUGUGACGAUCUGCAUGGACGCUGUCAAGGGCCGAUGCAAUCGGGACCCCUGCCGCUAUUUCCACCCCCCUCUGCACCUUCAAGCCCACAUUAAGGCCGCACAAUCUCGGGCUAGCAUUGCGACGGCUUCCUUGCCGGCAAACGUGCCUGGAAUGGCGGCUAUGGCCGGCGGAAUGUCAGGCGUACCCGCGUCGGCUGUACCCGGAGGACUACCCAACCCGAGCAUGGCGAGUAUCGAGCUCGGAAAGAAGCGGAUGCGCGACACCAAUGAUGAUCUGCUAAUGAUGGAAUCGAAGUCUUUCGGGUCCUUCUACUACGAGAACUUUGCAUUCCCAGGAAUGGUACCUUACAAGCGUCCAGCUGGCGACAAAUCUGGCAUGCCGGUAUAUCAGCCAACCGGUGCAACGACCUAUCAGCAGUUAAUGCAGCUGCAGCAGCCCUUCGUGCCUGUGUCAUGUGAGUACGCUGGAACACCACCCCUUCCCCAAACCUCUAACCAGUCGGUAGGAAGCUCGCAAAACUCGAUACAGGCUCAAUCUGCGUCAAGCGUCGCCGAGGCAAACGGCCACGGGAUCCUCGUGGAUCCCAAUAAUCCACCGCCGCCACCGCCUAAUAGUGGCGACGGUAAUAAACAGGCGGUAGCUGUAGCGGCGGCAGCGGCCGCGGCCGCCGCUGCGGCAGCCGCUGCCGCAGCUGCCAAUCACGAGAAUGAGAAUGCACAGAACUCUCCUGACAUGAAUCAUACUGGAUCGUCGCAGGUUAGCCAAUUGCAGGCUUUGCAAGUACCAUCGUCGAUGAGUCCGAUGACUUCGAUGUCGGGACUUACCUCGAUGCCGAGCGUAGCUAGUCUCACUUCAAUGGCGAAUGUCAACUCAAUGGCGAAUCAUUACACGAUGGCGAACAUGGCCAAUCUCAACGUAUUAAAUACCCUCGGCAUGACCUCUAGUUUCUCCAUGGAUCCCGCAGCUCUAGCGAAGGAAGUGGCCCAAAAAAAUUACGCAAAAGCGAUGAAACUCAGUCAAAAUCCCCAACCCUACGGUAUGAAUCCUUUGAGCGCAUUGAAUUACACCGGUGUGGCUCUCAACAAACAAGCACUCGCGCUCAAUCAGCCAGCGAGUUUGGCUGGAAAUUCUGCACAGAGACAAAUAAUACAGAAUUUAAGCGGUAUUCCCGGCGCUUUAGCUUCACAGCUACCCGCGGGCUUGCUGCAUUAUCCAAGACCGCCGACCGCCGCACCGAUCAACCCUUAUUCCCUCAUACGGCAACAUCCAAUCCUACCUUCGCAUUACAUGCAAACCGCCACGCUUCCCGGCAUGCCCGCCAAUCCUGCUGUACAUCAUCAGCCGAACCCCUACAUCCAGAAUCCUUACGCAAUGUUGCCAGGAAUUGCUGGAAUGCCGGGCGUCCACGGUGUACACGGUGUCCCCGGUUCCGUCGCUGGUGUAUCUCAGCUUCAGACCGCAAAUCCGGCUACCAUUGCUGCACAACCCCAAGUCGCUUUGCCACCCAGCAGUGGAGUUAUGAUGCCGCCUUAUAAGAAAAUGAAAACUACGUAAAUCCAAUAUUUAAAACGCCAAUAUUAGGCAAGAGUAGUUCAGGCGUUAAAAGGUCGCACACGUCUUCCCAACGAUCUCUGACAAUCAUCUCAUAUUUUCAUCAAUAAAUAAUCAUUCACUUAAAUAUCUACCAAAUAAAGUUACAAAAAAUGGAAUUAUCUAAGCAUAACAAUGACUUUUCAAUAUUUUUCCAAAUACAUUAUUUAUCAUCUAUUUUCCACUCAUUUUUUUUUCUUUUUUUUUUUUUAUUCUUCGUUGAUGCUUGUCGGUAUAUCGAUAGUAACGGACAAACGUUUAAAGCAUAUUAAUAAUAGCAUUGGACGAUCUCGAAUCGAUUAUAACGAUUUUUCUUAUUCAGAGCUGAGGUAAAUUCUUUUGUACGAAAUUCCUUAAAUUUCCUUAAAUACAGUCUUAGACGGUUCUGUUCCUUCCGAAUUGUCAGGAGACGUUGACCGAUCACGUGUGCGCCACUAUCUUCAAUUUUGCCUAGCAAGUAUAAAGUGAAUUGGAAACUAAAAAGAAGAUCGAAGAUAGUGAAAAAGGAAGAUGAAAAACACAUAAGAAUAAAGUUCCGUGAAUAUAUAGUUUCAUUUUCUAGUCAGACAUUGUCGGUGAACAGUGCCUUAAUGACUCGAUCCCACUGAAUCGUUUUCUUCUCAAGAAAAUUGUAAAAGCAGAACCGCCAAGUUCGAUUUUCAGACGCAUUAUUUUCCCUCUCGACGAAGGUUCAAAGGGCCUACGUAAACUGCAUGCGCAUCAAUAUAGAUAUACGUGUAAACUUAUAAUCCUGAAAAUCAUGUUUCGUCAAAUUCAUAUAUAAAUAUAGCGAGUCGUGGUUACAAUGUUCCGAUAAUUAAGCAACAAUCGUAACCGACCGCACUAUUUUCUAUAUGUAUUAUGUAUUACAUUUCAAUUCAAUUAUCGAGCAAUUUUUAGGUGAAAAAGGGAAAGAAAUAAAGAAAAAAAAAAAUGAGUUAUUUCGUUUAUUAGGUUCCGACAAUUUGUUACGUCCGCUGUUGAAAACUGCGGUUGUUCGUUUGAAUGCACAAUAUUCAUAAAAAUAUUGGUACGCUAUUGUUUUUCAUGUUUUGUUUUAUUUUAUUUUUUUUCUUGUACACGUUUCACGAAUUAGAGAACAUUUUAUUAAUAGUCGAUCGAGAGUAUACACGUAGAUAUGCACAAGCGAUCGAUAUGUUUCCUAAGGCACAACUUGCCCCAAGAGCGUCAGAGACUCGAAAAAAAAAAAAACAAAUAUAUAUCUUUAGAUUUUCACGUUUUUUUUGCCAAGCGCUAUUUUUUAUUUGUUAAUUCGCACGUUAUUAUUGUCAAAUAUAAUCUUUACAACAUGAUUGUUCGUUAAACGUUAUAUUUUUAAGAUUAGCGUAUAAAUCGUAGGUUAUAAUUUUACAUAAAAAGGAAACACACGGCCUUCGAUCCAAUAUGAGAUUCAUAACAGGAGAGUUCUUAGCGAGCGACGAUGACUUCGCGCCUCGUGGCAGAAGUGACCCUUUCAAAUCUCUCGCUAGUGUGCAUUUAAGCGAGAAUAUUAGUUGACGAUGAAGAGAAAGAGAAUUAGCGAACACCUUUCAUGCAUCGCUCUCGUCGAACCGAUGAAUAAAUAAUUGAGAAAAGAAUGAAAAACAAAAGGAGUAAAUAAGAUAAACUUUUUCUUCGACUGCUAUAUUAUUCUGUAAUGUUUAAUAAGAUAGUGAAGAUCGAAAAAUAUAACGAACAAUGUCCCUCCAACUCGCGGAAACCGCGGAUGGAACUUUUAAUCGUCUUAAGUUCUUCAAAUGUAUCGCUAAGCGACGUUCUGCGUUGGAUUACUAUAGUAUAUAGAGAAAAACGGAAUCAUACGAAAAAUACAAACACGAAUAUAUUGAACCACGACACACAACACACUUACACGUACGGACACAUACACUAUUCAAAUGCAGAACAACCAUCGAUGUAAUGUAUUUUUAUGAGUUUAUAUUCUUCGGCCGAUAAUUGAGAGAAAAGAAACGAACGGUAUGUGCGGACGGAAGGAGAAACGGUGAAAUGUGCGAAAGUGUUUAAAAACGCGAGAGACUACGAUAAAAACAAAGUGCCCGGAUGGAUGAUUGAUAUCGAGGAUAUAUUUCAAUUAAAAUACAAAAUGGAUGAACAACUUGAUAAUGAACAAAAAGAGAGAAAGAAAAAAAUUGAUGUCGCGCUUAACAUCCUCCGACAAGCGCAUAAUAAAUUUAUAUCCGAGCGCUUACAGUUUAGUUUUAAAAGUAAGAAAUUACAUAACUGACUCGCCAGUGAUUUUAACGCAUCUCGAAUUGACAAGAAAAAGACUCGCGCACCGACAUAUUUAUGUCAGCAAACAUUAAACUUCCAUAUUUGAAGAUGACAAAAGCUAAUGUUAAUCAAAGUAUCGAGAGAGAAAAAAACACUUCUGGACAAAACCUGGAUAGUUUUGUGACGUAGAUUUGACGUAGAAGAAAACCUAUGAACACGUUUUUAGUGAGCAUUGUAUCAUGGUAGGCUGUAUAAGACUUAGGCGUAUGACGGUCGAGCUUUAUAACCACGAAGAAACUAAUGGCGUAGGUGCGGCCUCGGACGGACUAAUUACUGUCCAAGCCGAUAAUGGAUCUCGUUGAAUAACGUUAACGAAUACCGUUCGAUCGGUACAGUUCAAACGGAGCUACUUACCGACUCUAAAAGCGGGUAUUAAUGGACACAAAAUACGAUCUGCGAUUGCUAUUCGUAUUCUGUAUAUCCAUGCAAUUACAGAAAACCGAAAACGAGCUCCGUACCGUUGCUGCUUCCUAGGUCGUUCGAUCCUUCUGAGCUAUUCGCUCCUUCACAUCAUAUUAAAAAUGGUUCCUCAAAACAAAAUUAAACAGUGCUUCAACGCUCAGCGUACAGGAACAAAGAAAACGAAAGAAUCGCGGUGAAACCUCCGAUAAUAAAUAAUCUAUUAUCAUUUUGUAUUUUUUUAGUUGGAGUCGUUUGGCUCGCCUACAAUUUUCGAUGAAAAAAAAUUCAUGUUUUUAAGAGGGCACUAGAUGCCCGUUGAAAAUUGAAGGAAAUUCGUGUAGAGACAUAGAUCGGUAACAUUUUUUACGCUCCGGAGUAACCGGAUGUCUUCCAGUUGUAAAGAAGAAAAGUAUCGUGCAAUGAGAAUUAUUCGCUCUUGAAACGUUGAAUUUGAUCUAUUUUGCUGCUUUAUUAAUGCGAAGAUUGGUACUUUCUUGAUAUAGAAUUGAAAAGUUAGAAAACUUUAGGUAGAUCUUUAGAAGGAGAAAGGCAGAAACGGAGACAGAGAGAAAGAGAGGAACCAUUUUUCGUAUCGGUGAAGGACGAGAGCGUCCUUAGGGCCGACCAUUGUGAUAGUGUAUAGUGAAUAGCGUGUAUGUUUUACCAUAGUGCCCUAAGCACACGAGCCAAGAUUUAUCCGCACAGGUAAACCCGUUCGUGAACAUGCAGACACUCACAUAAAGACAUCAACACACACGAUACACCAACAAAUUGCGCACGCAUGAUUGAUUUAACUGACGAAAAAUCAUAUUUUUUAAACGAAAUGUGUAGUUUAGUAGAAAACGAAUGACGAGAAGUCUGACGAAGUGCAAAAAGGGCCUACUAACAAUUGUUACUGAGAUAGGCCGACGAUUCAUUCAAGCGGAAUUGAGUCAUACUUCCCUAAAGUUAACAAUUAUUCGGCUUUAAUUUGCCGUUCUUUUAUUAUUUUUAAUUCUAUCUAACUGAUUAAUUAAUUUGUGCACAUUUGCCGAAUAUCGGACUAUGAGAGAAGAAAAAACGUAAAUAUGCCUAACUUGCAAACCGGUAUUUAGGGUUUUUACUUUGAUGUUUUUUCGAAUUGGAGAUUUGAUGAUUUAAAAAAAGAAAGAAAGAAAGAAAUAAACGUGAAAAACAACACAAUAUAAGUGAAACAUCAACGAGAGGGUGGCUGUUUGGACUCGGGCUCAAAGCCACAGUACUGUAACUCUUCGAUCGUCAAUCCUUGAUCAUUUCAUUCGAAUGACAAUUUUCAUUUUACAAUUAUCGACGAAAAUACAUCGAAACGAGCAACCGUCCUUUUUUUUAAACGUGUUUCGACAUUCCGAGUAUUUCGCUCUAAGGAAAGCGUGCAAGGAGAAAAAAAAACAAGAAAUCACAAUAAUAAUAAUAAUAAUAAUAACGAUAAUAAUAACAAUAAUAAUAAUAACGAUAAUAAUAAUAAUAAAAACUGCAACAUUUUAACGCGAUCGUAAAACUCUGCAGGUCACGAGUACCGAGUCCGUAUGACACAACAGAAGUGCCUUCCACUGCACUAAAAAAAAAAAAGGAAAAACGAGAAAACCAAAAAAAAAAUGAAAGAAAAAAAAUAUAUAUAUAACACUGAAAUGCACACAAAAACACGAACACCACAUGUUCUAGGAAAAAAAAAAGAAACGAGGGUAAAAAAUAGUGAUUAAGAUGGGAGAAAAAAAUGAAAGAAAAGUAAACUACUUAUUAUAUAUAUAUCUAAAGUACUAUAAUAUUACAUUUAUAUAUACGAUAUAUAUAUAUAAAAUUAGUCUAUAUAUAUAUAUAUAUACUGCGCAAUAUUAUUGUUGCAUAUGAGUUGCGUGCAACGAAAAAAAUAAUACUAAUAAUAAUAAUAAUAAUAAUGACACACUUUAUUAAAAAAUUCUUAUAAAUAAAUAGAAAGAAAGGGUCGAAAUGAAACUCGAAGUAUGUGUAUUCGUACACUCGGAAUCUUGCUUAUCAAGAAAACACAUAUUACCAGAGGUUAAACAUAAGAAAAAAGAUAAAUACAAACAAACAUUUUGUGAUGUAAACGACAUAUACAUACAUACAUGCAUACAGGUAGUAUUUAUUAUUGUGUACUGUACUGUCUCUAAUUCUUCAUUGUACAUUGUUGGAUAUAUACUUACACACAUCCACGGCAUAUGUAUAGUACAUAUUAUACACACUAUUUACGUGUAUACCCCGAGAAUGCAGAUGCAAAAAAAGGCGCUUGAACCGGAGGAAAUGAAGAGUGCGAGAAUGCCCCCCUACAGUCGGUUUUAUCUGAAGGGUUUCUGCUGGCGAAGGGUUCACUGAAAAUCCAAUGCGUUUUUUGCGCAUGCACGCUCGCGGGGAAUUCUCUUUUUUUGUCAGGAGUCAGCCAGUAUUUGUAAUAAUAAUGCUUGAAAAAUGCAUGAAUAUUUGUUUUAUUAAUGCUUCUUCUGAUUUCAUCUAUAUCUCUUGUCCAUCUACGAAAAUAUAUUCUUCCCAUCCUUUUUCUUCCUCACUCGGCUAUUAUCCAGUGUAAUCAUUUAUUUACAUAUAUAUAUAUAUAUGUGUGUGUGUGUGCAUAUAUAUAUAUACAUAUAUUAAGGCGUUUAGUUUAUAUUCCUUUAUUCGCGCAAAUGCCUCUUCAUAUACAUUGCUUCCUGCUUCCCAAUAUUUCGAAAUAAUCCUUUCGAAGUAAACAAAUAUUGUGCUUGCAGCGCGCUGUUCACCAUUCCCCCCUCUUCCUUCGCCUUCUCUCACGCUACCUUUAUCACUCACUCCUCUCACGGAAUCUCGUUCAUUUUUAUUAUCUCACCCUUCACGAUUAUUCUUCUCAUUGGGUAAUGCGGCAAAUCCUUCAGGUUCGACCCGAAGAAAUGAAAAUGUAGAGCUCACAAUUGAUUUUUUAUAACCGAACUUUGAACUGGAAUUUUAAUAUGAAAAUGCUUGGCCAAUCUCUCGUUCGUAUUUCGAUGGGAAGAAUAUUCGAGCGAAAAAAAAUUUGGUGAAAACCACGUAGCUGUAUUAGCCGCUUUCGAUAUGAGAAAGAAACGUUAGCGAGAGGACUCGCGAGCGACAUUUGUUGUAUCUCUUGCUGCGUCGCUCUCUUUUUCUCUGGUAAAAAAGGAAGAAAAUAUGAUGACUCGUCGUCGGCGCGAUAUGAAAUUUCAUCGCCCUCUCUCCCUCCCUCCCUCUCUCUGUAAUACCUUUCUAUUUAAACUCAUUUAACUCUUGAUUUUCGUCCUCCUUUCCUGUCUUUCUUCACCUUUCUUAUUCCGCUCUCGUUGCCGACGAACAAAAUCCUCAACGCGCUUCCCACGCUUCAUUGAGUUGCCAAACAUGCUGGGCUCCCCGGAGGAACGGAAUCUGGCAGCUCUUUCUUCCGAAGUGAAUUUUCGAUAUGCAUAUAUAUGACUAUAAAUAUAUUUACAUUUUGGCACGAGAGAAAAUUUAAAAGAAAGAUCGCUAAUCAAUCGUCACUUCCGCGUUCUCGUCAACGCGCUCAUAUUUUUAUCAUCUUUUCGAUGAAAAUAAUACGAAAAGUUCAAAGAAAUCUGUAUUCCAUAUGAUAAUAGAUGAAAAAUAUGUUUCACCUAACGACAAACGACGAGCGUGGUUGAUAAACAAAAGCAGAGAACCUCGAAUAAUAAACCUCGAUCCCGCAUUUCCUCCAAUCAGCUUUAGCUAUAUACAUAAAUAUAUUUAUCUUGCUGGUAGAAGAUUGUUGAUUUAUCACAUCCACGAGACAUACGCAGACGUGCAUCUUAUUGACUUAGAGAUAAAAAAGAAAAACGAACAACAAUAACAAGACAAACAUGGACAUUGUGCAUAAAAAAAAGAUUCGUCAAAAAAGAAACAAUCGAAAACGCUUUGAACCGCCAACGAGGCGAGUAUGUACAUUCAUAUGUAUACAUAUCAAUAAUAUUCGUAAUUCGCACUUUUUGGUUGUUUUUUGGUUCGAGCUGGAAAAAAAAAAGAAAAAGAAUUCCAAGUAGUCUCCGCUACGAGGAGCGUUAUACGGGCGUACGAAAAAAAUGCACCGUUAUCGCACGAUCCACGUAAUAAGCGCGUGAUAGAAGAAAAAAUGUUUCAUAUUAAAUAGAAGAAAAAAUGAUGGCCGUUCGAGAGAGCACACACCGAACCAUAUGAACGGACGUGCACUUUUUUCGUCGCUGUCUUUCCGCUCUCGCAUUUAGCAAGUAAGUUGUUGCAGCUUUGCCGCAUCCAGGCUUUUAAAGGGUACACCGGACUGUGGCUGUGAUGUUGGACAAUCGGAGUGCGAUUCUACGGGAAUCUAGAGUAGAUCGCCAUGUGCUACUUUCAAUAUAUCCAAGUGAGCGAGGAAUCUGUGACAAAACUCUGUGAUUCUAAAGCUUUUUCCCGCGGAGCAACAUUCCUUUCAUUUUCAAUAAGAAGAAUUCACUGUUUUCUCUUCACUUCCGAUCUAUCACUCGUCUCUGCGUUCUUAAUAUUUAACUCACUUUAACUGAACUUCCGGUAAGAUUUCAACGCUUCGAAGCAUGACCAGCGCCUAGCAUCAACACUUCAUUCAACCGAUUAUCAAAUGAUUUACAGAACAAACGUUUGGUGUGCUAUCGCAUAACUCGCCUCGUAAUUUUCAGUAUUAGCUCCCUUCAAAGUGCUAUUUUCUCUUGCGGCUUAGUACUCACUUGUUUCCUUCAGCAGUAUAAUAUCGUUUUUUUCUUUCAUUACUCAGUUUUAUUCAAUAAUAAUAUUGUACUUUGAAAAAAGAAAAAAGAAAAACUAUAUAUUAUUUCGCUGUGUGCCUAUCUGUCGGAACGAAACUUUCUUUUCGCCGCGUCAAUGAUCGAACCGAACUAUCACUCACGCGACAAUCACAGCGCUUGAAAUAUACGAUAAGCUGAAUGCGCGAGAGGAACAGUUCUAUGCUCUCCUUCAUACGUUUUUGCCCAAGAGACUUUCAUAUAAUUUUAAUUUAUUGCCUGAUUACUUAUUCCAUUGCGAAACUGUGUAAUUUGUCAUUAAUUUUCUAGCUGAUCCGAGGAAAGUGUUGAACAUCAAGGGUUCGAUUAGCGGGACGUUGACUUUCAUUUGAUUUCUCUCUCUCUCUCUCUCUCUCCUAAUAAUGAAUUUAUUUUUUGUUACUUGGGUACGCUGCAUGUAUUUUAUGUUCGUUUAUAAUUUUUAUUCGAACUUUCUGUUUCAUGCUUGCCUCCGCCUGGACUCUCGCCGCACGACUUUCGAACGAAUGAAUACCUCCCCAACCGCCGCCACUGCUUUCAUCCCCAAUUCCGUCCCGUCGUUCCAUCCAUCCUGUGAUAAACGAUUAAAAAACAAUCAAACAAACGAAAAAUGUGAGCAUGAACAUAAACCGAAUAUUCAAACGACCUUCACCUGGGUCUCGCCGGAACCGAUCUCUAAUAAUUAUCAAUAAUUAUCGGAUGCUGCACACUCGGAGCCAACGGUUCGCACGAAAAAAAAAAAAAAAAAAACUGUUCAUUUUCAAUCCGUCGCUAUUUCAUUGUGCGGAGGUGGCUUUAAUGCGUCUGACAAAUGAUAAACGCAACGACACAAAAAUCCAUGUCGCGUUGUUGACACACCGCUACUUUUCCAAUCACCGACCGACCGAGUUACUCGCCGAUUAUUUCAUCACGUUUUCGAAAAAUCAAUAAAAUCCGGUGUUGGAAUUGAUCUCUCGUGAUAUCGCACCGCGCUGAUAUCUCCGCAAAAAUAAAACAAAUUUAACGAAAUAUGUGCCACACGGACUCCCCGACGAUCAUCUUUUUUCCACAUUACUGACGACCCGACGAAUCUUGCUGUAAAAACGUACUAAACAAAUUUGAAUAUUCCUAUUACUUAACAAAUGGGAAACGACCUGCUAAAUCACAUCACAAACGUCGAACUGAUGCAAAUUUACGCAAUUUACGAAAAUUCCGUCUAUCCAUGCGAAACGACGCGUACACGAACGAUAAAAAAAACACACGCACACACGAUUGGAAAAUAUGAAAACCUCGUUUGGUACGUAUGCAUCGCGACCGCAUUAUCACCAUCCUCGCCAAAUUGCCGUCAAUAUCAAAAUCCCAAAUGUUGCCGACGAAAACCAAAAUUCAACAUCGCACCUCGGCACACAAUUUACUGUAAAAAACAAAAAACCGAACAAUUCCAAAACCUCCGAUUCACAAUGAAACCUCAUGACGCCCCUUCUCCUUCACCACCGUCUUUUUUUACUGUUCAUUUGUCAAUUCGACUCAUUCUUGAACACAACAAAUAAUUUUGUUUUUUACGAUCUUUUAUAAUUGUUACCUUAAUCGUUGAUGUCACGUGCCUUAUUCACUUUAUUUUUUCGAUGAAAACGCUUCGACAACAAUUCGAAUUACGAUAACGUUUAUAUACAUAUAUUAAUAUCUAUAAAUAUAUUUAUAAAUAUAUAUAUAUUAAUAUAUAUAUAUAUAAAUUGAACUAUAUACCAAUAUAUAUAUAUGUAUAUAUACAUAUAUAUAAAUCUACACGCCUGUCGCAACCGCUGCCACGUUUCAAAUUGUUUCGGACAUGUACCUGGGUGCUCCGAGGGGACAUUCAACGUGCCUCCUCUCAUUCGGUGCGAUCUGUACUGAAUUCGCUAUUCGGAUGGUUAAAAAAUGAAAAAAAAAAAAAAAAAAAAAAAAAAAAAAUA